AUGACAGGCGACUGCGGAGACUCGUGCCCCUAUCCGGGGGGCUUUACCUCCUACUCGCCUUCGGUAAUUGGUAGUGCCAUCUUUCUGGUAGCCUUUGCGCUGCUUGUGCCUCUGGCCUUGUACCAAGGCUUUCGCUUCAAGACGCCCCUAUUCGCGUCGACUCUGGCUACUGGUCUUCUUCUUGAGAUCUUGGGCUUCGCUGGAAGAUUGAGGCUCCGAAAUAAUAUCGCCAGCGGGACCUCAUUCUCCCUGUGGCUCAUCGGCGCCAUCUUGGGCCCUACUCUCAUCGCAGCGGCUAUAUGUCAGAUCCUUCCCCAUGUCAUCGCCCUUUACGGUCUCGGAAUUGGCUUCACCCGGCCAAGAGUCGCCGUCUUGUUUCUCAUCUUCGCUCUUGCUCUCGUCAUUGCACUGGAAAUUGCCGGGACCGUCUCGGCUGUCUUUGGACUCGGCGGUGUGCAGACACCAUCGAUUCUUCUUGCGGGCUUAGGCGUCCAGGUUUUGGCGUUGCUGCUCUUCGUCGGACUGUUCCUUUGGUUCACCCAGAAGCUUCCUGACCCAAAGCAUAUCGCCGUGUAUCAAGCACCGCGUUUCAAGAACUUUGUCAAGAGUAAGUAG